AUGUUCAACCUCGGUGCUAGCUUUUUCCCACGGAUCAGGCUUAUCUCUGGGGCCUCUCAAAAUGUCAGAUUUCUGACUACGGCCGCUAGAGUUACCGUUAAACCUUUGCAAUCAAGGAAGACAUUACUGAUUGAUACUUACAAAGAUUUGAUGGACAAGAACCCGGUAGUACUAUUUGCACACUACAAUAACUUGCUUAAGCAAGAGAACUCAUUUUUCCGCGCACAAAUACAGGCAUUGGGCGGUAAAAUGACCGUUCUAAGAAACCAGCUUUUUCAAGUCUACCUGCGAAACUCGCACCUUGCUGAUCCAUGUGCUCCCUCUGCAAAAACCGAGCAAAACAGAACUCAUCCGUUGUUGCCACUGUUCAAGGGUCCCACCGCGGCCAUAUCUUUUUCAGAAACUGAUCCAUCGCAGAUACUCAAAUUUCUGAAGCUACUCGAGAAAAGUUCCGAUAAAAUGUUUGUGGUGGGCGCCAGAAUCGAAGAUCAAGUAAUGGACAUUACCAAACUGCAACAAUUCAAGACCCUACCGUCAAAGUCCGCGCUACAGAGCCAGCUCUUAGGUGUAUUGUCAGUGCUUAGCGGUGCUGGAUUGGUUAAGACGUUGGAGGCCGGUUCUCAUUCGCUGUAUCUAACCUUGCAGUCACACCACGACAACGUGGAAAAACCAGAAGACAAAUAG